AUGACUCCGUCAACAAUCACAGCAUUUAGUGUAACAAAAACUCCUGACUGUCGCGGACCCGACGAUUACUGUCGUCCGAUAAUCAACGCACAGAACCUAUACUUUACUCGCACUCAGGACUCGACGGGAAAAGAGGACACAUUUGUUCGCCUAUUCUCCGGCGACGGCUCCACCCGAAAAAUAAACCCCGAUGAAUAUCCCUGGGGUCUCGAUAUACAGACAAUUGGCAACAUUUGGCCCCAAGAGUGGAGCGACGCCGCAUACCGGUCGUCUCCCCGGGCGAGUGUCUUCUUCGAGCCGCCGCAUGAAGUGCUGUAUAUCGUCGGACAAUCGGACCAAUCGUUUAUUCGAUGGAAUAGUAUAGAGAGUCAGGACUGGUAUAAGAAUAUGAAAUCACAAAAACUCAAUUCUGACAUCACUUUUGUGGGAAUGAUUGUCGAGCGAAACGUCUGGCAAAGGGUUGUGGCCCUCGGAGACAGACGUCAGGCCGGAGACUACGAGUCAAAGCUGUAUACUAUGAAGAUAUAUCCAGCAAAUCGCGCAUUCGAGCCCUUAGGUAAAUCUGUUCACGAAUUUUUUAACUGUUACGGCAAUGCCAGCGGACCCGUCAAUGGUAACAAUCCUGUAGUGAGCGUCACAUUAGCGCCAAACCUAAAUGGAUCGACAAAUUCUCAAUCGAUUGCAAAGGAGUCCAAUGAACACCAGUUGUUUAUCAUCUUAAUAGUUCCGUUGGAUUUGUUGUCGUCAAAUUUAGUGUGUUUAGUGGACGACAAUUGUCUAGUGGUUGUGAUUAUCAAUUUGCUAUACAAAGUGUUAGGCGUGAAACCGGUCAACGACUGGCCCUAA